AUGAGUUGUUCACUCGGAAGAGUACCGAGGCUCAUGAGCGUCGCCGCAACGGAUUCACGUAUUCAGAAUUUGCAACGAAGAGAGUUGAGGAAAGCUUUCGUGGUCAACCGGUUCAAUAGGUGCAACGAGAUGUUUGAGGUUCGCAAAAUGCAAGAUGGUACCAUUUACACUGUUAACCUUGCGCAACGACACUGUGACUGUAGCCAUUUCCAGGUCGAGCAACUCCCAUAUCGCCACGUGCUUGCAUGUUGCGCCAACCAGCGUCUCGAUUGGCAAGUGUACGUGCACGAUGUGUACAAGAUGUCUGAAAUUUUCAAGGUAUACAAAUGCGAGUUUGUUCCAAUGGGUGACCCAUCUACAUAUGAUAGAUACGAAGGAGCGAAGGUGAUCGCCAACUGGACAUUGAGGCGCGCGACGAAAGGAAGACUGAAGUCCACCCGCUACUUGAAUGAGAUGGAUUCGCGUGAGAUGCGUGGUCUUCGCCGGUGCACUAUAUGUGGUCGCGCUAGUGGAAUACCAAUAUCGCCGAUUUGA